AUGCUGAUCACUCUAGAAUGCGUUCUACUUGCGUUACAGGCGGUUGCUGCAGUUCGAAUUCCACUACAUUCACCUUUUGAAAUUACCAGUCAAUCAAACAAUAGGCUAUCAAAACGAUCACCCGUUGAAUUAGGUGGUGGCAUUGACCAAUGUUUCACAAUGAGAUUUAAUGUUGAUGGAGUUGAUUUGAAUUUACAAGUCGAAUCAUCAGUUUUUGAUAUAGUGGUACCACUUCCUAGCUCAAGCAACGAUGUAGGUUUGGCUAUACAAAGUAUUUCAAGUGGGGAACCCGUUAGUAUAAAGUACAAAGGCGAUGAGUAUAAUGGAGUUACAUCUACAGCCGCUGUGACGAUUCCAGGUACUAGUAUAACUGACAUCAAUUUACCAGUAGUUGCAGUUGAAAGACAAUCGCCAGAUCUAGUUGGUAUUGGUGGAACACUCAAGCAAGGAGUAUUUGGAUUUGGCUAUACCUUGUUGUCAAAUCAUCACUCACGAAUCACUGCGAUGGAUGCUUUGUACAAUGAUGGUGCCAUUCCUAAAAACGAGGUUAGUCUUCAAUUGUGUCAGUAUGACAUGUUGCAUGAAAGUUUCAUCAAUAUAGGAAAUACGGACAUAACUCCAAAAUGCGGAACGGAUGGAAAAAGUGUUGCAUGGGUAGACUCACCAACAAACGAUGAAUUUACUGUCAACAUCAAGAGUAUACUAGUCAAUGGAAAACAAGUGGAGCUGCCUGCUGAAUUCCAAAAAAAACAAGGAAAAGAUGGACGUACUUUGUACUCGUAUCUACAAACAUGCUUUUUAUGCAUAGUUUUGCCUGAAAAAGUCGUGACUACGUUGAUCAAUGCUAUUCUUGAUAGCAAUGCGAUCACUGUCAAAGGCAGUAUGCUUAGGCGCAAACUCGGCAAAGAAAAGGUUAAAAAAAAGCUACAAGCAAAUUCUCUAAUGUUCAAAUCCAACUACAAUAUCAAUUGGGACAGGAUGCCAACGAUUUCAGUUGUAAUGUAUGCUCAAACCCCCGUAACUUAUGACAAUAGCAACUCCGUUGUAACGAUCAAACUGGGUCCCAAAGACUAUAUGUGGAAAUAUGAUUCUGAAAAAUUUAGAUUUACUGUAAAAUCUGGUUCAAAUGACAAAGCAACUCUUGGCAUGUCAUUUAUGAGCCAACUUGCAGUCACAUUUGAUCGACAAAAUAAACGCAUUGGGUUUGGUCCUGGAUGUGGAUGCGAAACUGCGACUAGCAAAUAUCCUACUAUUUCAAACGGUUAUCGAGUGCUUUGGCCAUUAACACAUGUUAGAUUGCCUGAACAACCAAGUACUUCAGGCUCAGAUGGUGCAUUUAUUCGCAAAAGGAAACCAACAACUACAACUAAUCAAGUAGCUGUGCCUGAAAACACUCGCCACACUGUCAAGAGUCACAAACAAACUCUCAAUAAACUCGACUGA